AUGGCAGACUCUGAUACGCAGGAGGCUCGCCAACCAGCCAAGGACUCACCGUUCUCCAUCAAGAACCUGCUGAAUAUUGAAGAAAAACCCACAAAGCCCAAAAAUACCAUCGGCUCGACCAGAGGAAGAAUCGGACUAUCGGCGCAGUAUUUGGAAAGAGCCUCUGCCUGGUGGUACCCGUACACGUUUGGAACACCUCUGAAAACUGGAGGUUCUGAAAAGAUCAACCCUAGGGAUGCAUCGCCAGCCCCAGACAGACGCACACCUGAGAAAAGUGACCAAGAUGCCAAAGAGGAAAGCGCAGACGACGACAUCGCUCUAGAUGAGAGUGACGCAGAAGAGCUAAAGAAGGAGCCAGACCAGGAAGACGACUGGAGGAAGAAAACGGACGAAAUGGACGCCGAAAAGAAGCCCUGUCGAAAGAAAAAGACGCGCACCGUGUUUUCCAGAAGCCAGGUCUUCCAGCUGGAGUCCACUUUCGACAUCAAGCGCUACCUCAGCAGCUCGGAGAGAGCCGGCCUGGCCGCGUCCCUGCACCUGACCGAGACGCAGGUGAAAAUCUGGUUCCAAAACCGAAGGAAUAAGUGGAAAAGGCAGCUGGCCGCGGAGCUCGAGGCGGCCAAUUUGAGCCAUGCUUCUGCGCAGAGGAUUGUGCGGGUUCCCAUCAUCUACCACGAGAGCGCGGCCUCAGAAACGGCCGGGGGCCCUGCCACAAACUCGCCGAGCAGCCAGUCAUUGCUGGCUUUUCCCCACCACAUGUACUAUUCCCAUUCACUGCUGAGGCCGGUUUAACCAAGAAAUCGCCCAAUUACCUGUACAUAUGUUUCAAAACGGCAACAAUUCAAAAAUAAAUUUUGUAUAUUUUGUAGAUUAAAUGGAAACGUUAGUUCUGGUUAUUAUAAC